GUGAUUGGCUAAAGCGGCAGGCGAGAAGCGGAAGUACAUGACGGACGUAAACAACCUCGGACGCCAACGGAAUGGAAAUCGUCGCUCGCUUCCACUAAUAAUAUGAACUAACAUGAGUGGAAAGCCUUCGCGAAACAAUGUUGCCGCAUAGGACGAACUCCAGUAUGAGUCUCAGCUCUCCUCUUCUGCUCUUCCUGGCAGCGGUAUCUGCCUUUGCUAUGUCGCCUCCACACAUGUGGACGAAACUCAUCCUCACCCACCACUGGCCCAUGACUUUCUGUAGUAUGGAGUCCUGUCAUCAUCUUAAUGUUAGCUACUGGACGCUACAUGGACUCUGGCCCGAUAAUGGGGCUGUUUGUAACGCAUCAUGGCAUUUCAACUCAUCUGAAAUAGAGGACUUGCUCCCAGACAUGGAGAGGAGUUGGCCUGAUUUACUGAAACCUGCAUCAGAUGGAUUUUGGAAGUAUGAAUGGUCCAAACACGGCACAUGUGCUGCCCAAGCGCCAGCACUCAACAGUCAACAUAAAUAUUUCAGCAAAGCACUGGAACUGUACCAUAAAGUGGACUUUGAUAGCACCCUUAGAAAAUUUAAUAUCGUCCCAUCGCAGGAUUAUUAUAAAUUUUCACAAAUAGAAGCAGUCGUGGAAAAUUUCUACGGCGUCAAACCUAAGAUACAGUGUGUCCAACCAUCGAAGAAUACUGAUGUUCAGGCUUUGGGUCAGGUCGAGAUUUGCUUCAGCCCCGACUUCUCCCUCUUGGACUGUGAGAAGGAGAUCUCUUUCACGGGUGCCUCCGGGUUCAGAGUCUGUAACCCCGACAUGCCAGUUUACUAUCCCCCACUUUGAAAACACAAGCACAAUAACACACUACGGCGUUUAGCAAUAUACAAGUAUUGUCCACACUCUUCGUUUACCUCUUAACUGUACUGUAAGUUCAGCAAGUAGCGACACAUGCACAGGCUGAGACAAACAGGCUUCCUUCAGUGUAAUAUUAUACCCAUCCCCACCCAACUAGUUUCCAUUUUUUGUCAGCGUGCUGCGCAUUACAUUUUCAACCCAUCUAAUGAACAAUAUUCUUCAAUGUUCUGCUGUUUUGUUUUGUUUUUAAUUAGUGUACUGUAAUUUCCGGCCUACAGAGCGCAACUGGUUUUAAUCCUCACCCAGUAUGGCUUAUAGGCCGGAAAUUACCGUAAUAGAUAUGUUUGCGUCAUAAUUUUUUUUUUUUUUUCAACUUAAUUCUACCACAGGUUUCAUCUAUUUGAGUUGUUUUGAAAAAAUGGAUGUCGAAGCGUGUGCCUAUACAGGUUGUUUACACUAUCAAUAUUAACGUGUAUUAUUAUUGUCUUGUUGUAGUCUUUUAGACUGUGUCAGGGCUAAUUUUGAGAUAUCAAUAAUGAUCCAUUUACUUCAUAGAGGCAAAAUUAAAUUUGGGGAAAGUUGAAGAUUAUUAAAAAUGAAUGUGCCGCUGUUUUGGGAUUCUGUUCCAUCAUGUAUGGAGCAGAAUCCAGAGAAACUUUCCAGUGUUCAUCAGAUAGUGUUAAAGUUUGUUUUUGUUUUGUUUUUUCUGAAUGCAAAGUUGAUCAAUAUUAUAUGAUUAGAGUGCAAUUUUGGUUUUGUUUUGUUUUUUCAUAUGGUAAAUGCAUAAGGUGAGGUAAUCGUAGGAAUUUUUUUUACAUUAACAAAGGCAGUUACUGUCAAUAAAAUUUUAUAGAUUCA